AUGUCGCACGGGCUCCCGGCCCCCGCCGGCGUCCUGCGGACCAGCGCCGCUGCCCUCGGGAACCAGCAGCCGCCGCAGCCGCCCCAGAGUCCUGAGGAUGAUGAUAGGAAAGUCAGACGGAGAGAGAAAAACAGAGUAGCAGCUCAGAGGAGUCGGAAGAAACAGACACAGAAAGCAGAUAAACUUCAUGAGGAGUACGAGGGCCUAGAGCAAGAAAACACCUCCCUGAGGAGAGAAAUUGGGAAAUUGACAGAGGAGCUGAAACACUUGAGUGAAGUGCUGAAGGACCAUGAGAAGAUAUGCCCCCUGCUGCACUGCUCUGUGAACUUUAUGACCGUGUCCCGGGCUGACCCCCUCACCAGCUGCUUGCCUAGAUGAGGCUCUAACCGGGCCGUCAUCACCUUCCCUCCCAAGAUGAAGGGGGUACAGCACAGGGCCCGGGCUUAUCUCCAUUCUGGGCCUUCUGUCGGGACAAAUCAUCCCCAGAACUCUCUGGAUUGCUGAUUCCCAUUCCAGGUGCACAUGAGGCCUCCCAACAGCACAACAGGCCAAAAACUAAAGUAGAUUUAAAAUAUUCCUGAGUACCUGCUGGAAACCCCUCACAUCCUGGCAGAGCUCAGCCAUCCUCCAGGCUAGCUCAUGCUCUUCCCCUGUUCACUCUGGAGUCUUUAAUAAAAGAUGGUGAUGG